AUGGGCGCCUUCAUCGCUAAGCUGCUGCUCCCCACCGUCAGCAGUCUGGUGUUCCUGCCCUCGGCCAGCAUCGCCGCCAAGCGGGGCUUCCACAUGGAGGCCAUGGUCUACUUCUUCACCAUGUUCUUCACCGCGAUCUACCACGCCUGUGACGGUCCAGGUCUGUCCAUCCUGUGCUUCAUGAGGUACGACAUCCUGGAAUAUUUCAGCGUCUACGGCACGGCGCUGUCCAUGUGGGUCACUCUGAUCGCUCUGGGCGACUUUGACGAGCCUCAGCGUUCCUCCAUCACCAUGUUCGGGGUUCUGACCAUCGCUGUGAGGAUCUACCAGGACCGCUGGGGCUACGGGGUCUACUCCGGACCCAUCGGAUCGGCCGUCUUCAUCAUCACCGUCAAAUGGCUGCAGAAGAUGAAGCAGCUGAGGUCGGUUUAUCCGGAGAAGUCGGUUUACACGCAGCAGGUCGGUCCAGGAUGCUGCUUCGGAGCUCUGGCUCUGAUGCUGCGCUUCUACUUUGAGGAGUGGGACUACUCGUACGUCCACAGCUUCUACCACCUGUCUCUGGCCGUGUCCUUCGUUCUGCUGCUGCCCAAGAAGAACCGAUACUCAGGAGACGGAAGAAACGCCGCCAAGCUCAGCUGCUUCACGCUCUGCUGCUGCUCCAUGUCUCCUGGUUCCUCCAAAGACGACAGCGACCAGAAGAAGAAGAAGAAGAAGAAGAAGCAGGGGUCGGUGUGGACGGUUCCCACUGAGAGGCCGUGGAGUCGGAGCUGCACCCCGACGCUGCCGCUGUACAGCCAGCCUCCAUCCACCCCCAUCAAAGGAACCAUUAGCCGGCUGAAGGAGAUGAACGGCUGGAAGUGA